GAAGAAGAAGAAGAAGGACCAGAGAACGACAAAAAAAGAACAACAGAACCCCCCUUAUCUCUUCCAAAGCAAGACAACUGAGAUCAGAAGCAAGAGGAUUAGAGAGAUAGACAGAGUUAGAGAGAGGUACAGGGAGCAGAGACAGAAGGAAGCAAGACAGCUGAAUUGUGUCACGGAGCUCUCCUGUUGCUGCUAUGAGCUUGCUGGUCCUCUUCACGGUACUCUUGGUAUCUCUGAGUGGCUGCAGAUGUGCUGUCAUCACUGGGGCGUGUGAUAGAGACAUUCAGUGUGGCGUAGGGCUGUGUUGUGCUGUCAGCCUAUGGCUGAGAGGCCUGCGGAUGUGCACACCACAGGGACUCGAGGGAGAUGAGUGUCAUCCGUUCAGCCAUAAGGUACCUUUCCCUGGGAAGAGACAGCAUCACACCUGCCCCUGUCUACCACAACUAAUGUGCACCCGAUUUGCGGACACCAGACACCGAUGUACUAAAGAUUACAAAAACAUAGACUUUUAACUGCAUAGAGGAGACAGAAAGCAGAGGACCAUAUGUUAGGAAAAAGAAAUACUUGCAGUGCCACUGUUCCCAUGUUUUCACAUUCAUGCAUCUUGCACUAAAUACCCUGCUAUCAUGUUUCCUCUGAAAAACUAAUGUACUUGUGGAUGCCCUCAUAAUGCUGGGCCAGAAAAACAAGGUCAUGUGCUUGGUUUACUUUGGCACCUGAUCCAUCUUGUGCAUUAAAAGACAUACUCUGGUUUAGUAUGCAUUAAAAAACACCACCUAGAACAUUAUACUGUUUCAAAUAAAUAUCCAACUUCAUAUUCACAGUUUCUUUUUUUUCAGUUUGUUUUUAAAUGCUUGGUAAUAUGAAAUAAGAGUGCAUGUGAGGUCAUUAUAAAGUAAUCUCUCUGUAUGUGUCUGUUCUAUGGGUUAUUUGCUCUUUCCUGAAGAGAACAAUGAGUGCGUGUGUUGUGCUGUCGCAAUGGACUAUUUUUGUUCAGCUUUUUCUCAGAUGACAUUCAAGAAGACCUGGGCAGUAUACUGGAAUAAAUAAUUGUUAAUUAAAAUAAUAAUUCACUACUUAAAAUCUUAAGGAAAUCUUAUCUUCACCAGCAACAACAACAGCAACAAAAAAAACCCCCCAAAAAACAAAAAUGGCAUCAGAAAUAAACAUAUAAACAUCUUUAAUUACAUCCCCCACUGAGUCCACAGGUGUGCAGUAUUCCAAAUUCCAACAAAAUGAAACAAUUUGAUUAAGGUUGUCUAGUCUUCAAUUAUUUAGGAUGGUAAUCAACACUAAAACAAAGUUUUUUUUAAAUGUAGAAAUGUACAGUACAAUGCAUACUAUUUGUUUAG